GAGAGAGAGAGAGAGAGAGAGAGAGAGAGAGAGAGAGAGAGAGAGGAGGAGAGAGAGAGAGAGACACACAUGCACAGAGAGUUAUAUAAUCCUAGCAUGCCUGCUUACGCCACCAACAUGAGGCUGAAGUUUCCCAUCCUGGCUCUGACUCUGGAGAUUAUCACCAUCAUCCUGUUUGCUGUGUUUGUGGUCUACGAUGAUGGGAAACACGGGGGGCACGGAGCCCACAACAACGCCACACACCAUGAGGAGAAGACGGCACAGAAUCCUCUGACCCUCUACCCCAUGUUCCAGGAUAUCCACGUGAUGAUCUUCAUUGGCUUCGGCUUCCUGAUGACCUUUCUGAAGAGAUAUGGCUUCAGCAGCGUGGGCCUCAACCUGCUCCUGGCCGCCUUCGCUCUGCAGUGGGGUCUCCUCAUGCAAGGCCUCUGGCACCUGGACAACGGAAAGAUCAAAGUUUCCAUCUUCAAGAUGAUCAAUGCAGACUUCAGCACAGCCACAGUUCUGAUUUCGUUCGGGGCGGUCCUGGGAAAAACCAGCCCAGUCCAGCUCCUCAUCAUGACCCUCCUGGAGAUCACCAUCUUCGGCAUCAAUGAACAUCUGGUGGCCAAAGUCCUGGGGGCCAAUGAUGUUGGGGCCUCCAUGAUUAUCCAUGCCUUUGGGGCAUACUUCGGUCUGGCAGUGGCCCGCAUGCUGUACAGGCCAGCUCUGAGGAACGGUCAUGAGAACGACGGCUCUGUCUACCACUCUGACCUCUUCGCCAUGAUUGGUACCGUGUUCCUCUGGAUGUUCUGGCCCAGUUUCAACUCCGCCAUCGCAGAACCCGGUGCUGAUCAGCUCAUGGCCGUCACCAACACCUACUUCUCCCUGGCUGCCUGUGUGCUCUCCGCCUACGCCGUCUCUAGCCUGGUGGAGCACAAAGGAAAACUGGACAUGGUCCACAUCCAGAAUGCCACUCUGGCUGGAGGUGUUGCCGUAGGAACCUGCGCUGACAUGAACAUUGGGCCUUUCGGUGCCAUGAUCAUCGGGUUCGUGGCUGGCAUUGUCUCCACCCUGGGCUUCAAGUUCCUCACUCCCAUCCUGGCAUCCAACCUGGGCAUCCAGGACACCUGUGGCGUCCACAAUCUGCACGGCAUGCCUGGCAUCCUUGGGGGUAUCGCUGGCAUUGUGGCUGUUGCUCUGGGCAAGAAGGAUGGGAGCGCAGCCAUGCAGGGUGCAGCCCUGGCCUCAUCCCUUGGGUUCGCUUUGGUUGGAGGAGCCAUGACAGGUCUGAUAAUGAAGCUUCCAUUCUUGGGACAGCCUCCAGAUCAGAACUGCUUUGAUGACUCAAUCUAUUGGGAGGUUCCUGAGGAGGAGGAGGGUGAGGAGAGUCUGGCUCACGGAGACCAUUCCAUGAACAAAGCAGAGGCCUAAAUCUCCCGCCUGUGCUGCACAUACAUUAUCCACAACCCUUUGAGCUAAAGAUGGGAAAGUGAGAGAUCAUGAACCAAACAUUAGACCAUGGGUGUAUCUCAAUUGUCUUAGCUGGCUUCCUCUCCUCGUCUCCUCUCCUACCAGGACUUCCUGCAUCACCUGUCUAAUGUCUUGACCAUCAGUGCAGAAGGAGAGAAGGAGAGGAAGCCAUGUUAUACUAUUGAGAUCAACCCAGGAUGACCAGUGCUGUCAACUUGUCAUUUGUUUUUAUCUACAGCAUAAAUCAUUUGAUUGAUUUGAGACAAAUUGAGAUCAUAUCAAAUCAUAUUUGAAGUGGUUCAUGCUACCUUAUUUACACAUCUCUAAUUCAAUCUGAACAGCAAGGAAGCUCAUGUUACACUUUUCUGUGUAACAAACUACGUCCUCAUUGUCCAUAGAUUUGUAUUAAAUAUUUUCAUUUUUAAUUGAAUAGAAUAGGUCCACUGAAGAUCAUUUGGGAAAGAUGUUGUAGCUCAUUAUAAUUUCAACUAAAGUGGAUGGGUGGGUAGGUGUGUUACAUACAAAACAUGUAUUAUCAGGUCUCAACGCAAUUGAAAUAACAUUGUAAGUAUUUUUGUUUACAGAAAAUGCAAGCAUAGUUUUGGAUUUGUUAGUCUGAAAAUUGAUUUCAACAAAGCAGCAUUUUGAUAUAAAUCACCCUUAAUCAGUUGCAUUGAACCAUUAACUGUUCUUUCACACAUUCGGAGUAAAGAUACUUUCAGGGAUCAUUUUUUUACACUGAAUUUGAUGACCAAUAAUGUGCCCCUGUUCUGAGCCACUAGACACAGUAGAAACACUAUAGAAAUAGUAGAAACAGUAUAUCAAGCUGACAUUCAAUCAUAUCACCAAUCCUCCUCAAAAUGUUAACAGACAUUUGUUUUUCCUCAUUAGUUUUCCUCAUACAUUGUAUAUUUUUCUCGACAAACCUUUUUAUGUCGCCAUCCAAUUGACAUUACCGAUAUUGUGUGCUAAACCUUGUUUCAUCAAGAUAAUCAACUGCUACUUUGGCCUGCUGCAGAGCUAGGCCGCCUCACUGGAGCCCACUACUCCGCCUGGAGAAUCUGAUCCCAGAUCUGUGAUGUAUAAGCAGUAGCUACCCACUAGGAACAGAUUUCAUUUCAACGUUUAGUUUUGAUUUUUUUUAAACGUGAGUGGUCAACUAACGUGAAUUCAACGUGAAAUCAACAACAACAAAAAAAACAUAUCAAUCGAUUUAGGUUAAAAGUUGGGAGACUUUCUGCAAAUCCAACAGUUUUCCACGUUGAUUCGACGUCAUCACAUAGAACAUCACUAGCUUAUGACGUGGAAACAACGUGGUUGAUUCAACCAUUUUUGGCCCAGUAUUCAUCAAGCGUCAGAUGAGGUUUCUUUAUUUCCUUCACUUCUUAUUGUAGCCUCUUAAUGUACAUUGUAGAUAGUUACACAAUGGAUAUAGUUCGUUUCUCUAAAUCCGUGCACCUAGGGCUAGCAAUUGGCACUGAGGAGUGUAUCAGAUUUAAAAAAAGUAUGUAUUUAUAUAUCUCAACCAUUUUGUUGAAUAAAACUAAGGUUAUACGUUAGAAUGCAGGAGGAAAAUAGCCUGCAAUAGUUAUUGUACUAGACCAUUGUUGCAGGGAAAGAUUAAACUGACUACAGAUAUAUAAAUAGCCUAGUAUUUCAUUUGGCUGAUGUAGUAGCCUAUGUGUGAUUUAAACGUAGGCCUAAAGCUUAGAACACCAGCAGUCAAGACUGUUGAAAUGCUUGACAUGACAUUAGCUUUUUUAUGUUGCAGAAAAUGAAUAUGUAUUACACUUUUGUUAGUGUAUAAAUACUAAUACUGGCACUUAUAAAUAUGGUCAUAUACAAUAUCCGAGUGACUCUGUGUGUGGUUUUUGCCAUGACUCCACUGCAUAAUCACCAUCAACAAUAUUUUCAAAACCAGAAAGUUGUGGCUAGUAGAAGGGGUGAUGGAGUGCUGUACCUUUUCCAGGGUCAAGACCCAUGCACUAAUUAAUGUGCAUCCUUUGACCACACAGACAGACGUUUGCCAGGCUGCAGGGUUGAGAGGUCAGGCUUAUUCUGCACAAGGAGCAUUAUAACUGUCACUGAAGGAUUUUGUAGAUUCACGACUUGUGUGUGCAAUAUCCAGUGACUGUAUGACUGUAUCCUAUUAGGGAUAGGUUUUUUCUCUCUUUCUGAUUGAAUGUUGUUUUUGUUAAGAAAAUACAGUGUUAUUGCCUUACCUCUUCCAAGCCGUCAAAAGUAGAAACAUUAUGUGAGCCCGAGGUUUAAAACCAUAGAAAUUGAAUUAUAUUUCUGUUGAAAUCAUUGCGGUGUUCCUUUAAUAAAUCAAUCGUGCAUUGUGGGAUGCAAAAUGGCUCAAUCGUGUUGUCAGCAGAGUAGCCAACUAGCUGUCUCUUACAGGCAUACUGUUACAUUUAUAAAUAAUUACAGUCGAUAAAGCGUUGCUAAUAAUUGUAUAGAGAAUAUCACUUUGAUAAUCAUCAACUUUUUAUUGCCUUUGCCUCUUUUUGUCGAGACAACAGCCACCAUGUCCGCCAAAGUAGACAGAGUGAGAAGUGAGUCCAGCACAAGAAGAGAUGAAAUAAAAAUUACUACUACUGAGUGUGCCACAAGAGGAAAUGACAGAAGUACUGAGUCUGCCACAAGAGAAGACAGAAGAUCCACAAGCACAGGUCAUUUAAUGGUUUAUUGCGAUCACUUAACUGAUAUCACAAGUGUGUGUGCGUGCAUCUACAUUGGAGUCAUGGUGAACAGUCACUGCUCUCUUGUAUUUUUCUGUUGAAGGGAAAGAAAAAACAAAAACGAAACGGAGCCGCAGUAGAUCAUCUUCCUCAUCAUCUUCAUCCUUGUCAUCCGGAUCCUCUUCAUCAUCCUCAUCCCGCUCUUCAUCCCACAGUAGGAGUAGUUCCAGCAGCAGUGAUUCCCACAGCAAAUCCAGAAAGAAUUCUAAGAAAAGGAAAAAGGAAAAACAACACAAAAAGAAAGGGAAAAAGGAGAAGAAGCAUAAACGAAAGAAGGACAAGAAAAUGAAGCUAGAGGAGGAAAGAGCUGGACCUGGACCUAUUCAGAUUUCCAAGUAUUUAAAGGAGAGGAGGAGAAAAGACAAGUACAGCAUGAUCUCAGGAAAGAAGAUCAAAAUGAAAUUGAAGAAGUCAAAGAAAGACAAGCUGAGGGACAAGAAUCGCGCCGAACUGCUUGAGUUCCUCAACUCCACGUUGUAAUGCAAAGGCUGUAACCGUUGGUUACGUUCCAGGACCUUCCACUUUUUUUCCAGAACAGAACUCAGGGAAAGACCACCCUUGUGAUAAAGCUCUGAACGAACAUCCAUUUAAAGGGUUAUUAUUAUCACUGCAAGACAUGUGGGACAUGGCCUGUGUUAUCUCAAAAUGGCAGCAAAUGCCAUGUCUCAGACUUAAGACUUGUAUCUCUUGUAGAAAAAGCGUGCUGUCACUCAUGUGGUUGUCGGCCCCUUUCUUCACCCAGUGGAGGCUGCUGAGGGGAGAACGGCUCAUAAUAAUGGCUAGAACGGAGCAAGUGGAAUGGCAUCAAACCAUGUGUUUGCCGCCUUUAAGCGCUUGAGCCUGCCUGGAGUGAAAGAUGGACGGGUUGACACUUUUCCUUUCGUUCCAUUGAGCCGGGCACAAUCAAACACACAGACAUCAAUUACAAACAGUGUGAAGCACAGGAGGUUGGUGGCACCUUAAUUGGGGAGGACGGGCUCGUGGUAAUGGCUGGAGUGGAAUUCCAAAGAAUUUGAAAGCAAACAGUAUUUGAACCCAGGUCUGAUGAACAAAGAGAUUUUGUUGUAGCGUAAUCUAUCAAAUAUAACAUCAGUCCGGAAUUGCAUUGCGUUUGAUGAUGAUGAUCUAUUUUUUCUAGUUGUUUUAAGGUCCAGAACAGUCCUGCAGCUAAACUCAUGUCCCCUGGAAUUUAGUUAUUGUUAGAUAUAUUGAUUAUCAGAGAAUAAUGUAAAGUAUGUACAAAAGUAUGAUAAUGUAUGCACUCACUAACUGUAAGUCGUCCUGGAUAAGAGUGUCUGCUAAAUGACUAAAAUGUAAAAAUGUAAAUGUAAAUCUGAGACUUGAAACUGGAGGUCAUCCCAUGUAGUACUAUACAUCAAUAUUAUUUUGGAAGAGCUUUUUAUAUUUUGUGAAGCCAACUUGAUGUGGCAAACUGUGACAGUCCACCCAAUAAAACAGCUCUUCUCUAAACAGCAAUAAACUGCUGCUGUUAUAGAGAGACUUUACAAUAGUCAUCCGAAAUGUUCCGAUACAAUAAAGCAUCCAUUCCCA